GCACCCUCGCCCGGACCUGAUCCACCUGAGCCACCGUGCAAGCUGUCCGAGCACAUGGGGAAUCUCCUUGACAACCCUAUGUUCAGCGAUUUCACAAUCUGCGUGGGCGGUCAAGAGCUCAAGGCGCACAAGGCCAUCCUGGCAGCUUGCAGUGUAGUCUUUGCGGCCAUGUUUCAUAAUGGGAUGGAGGGGCGUAAGAUGAAACGUUUGGUCAUAACCGACGUAGAGGAUCCAGAGGUCCUAAAGGAAACGCUGCGUUUCAUAUACACGGGCAAAGCGCCCAAUGUGGGAAACAUGGCUGAUGAACUCCUAGCCGCAGCCGAUGAGUUUGCACUCGAAAAGCUGAAAGUGAUGUGCAAGAAGGAGCUGUGCGCCAAUCUCUCGGUGGAAAAGGCAGCCGAUAGUCUUAUACUAGCAGAUCUCUACAGUGCGGAUCAAUUGAAGGCACAAACGCUUGAAUUCAUAAGUUCCCAUGCCAGCGAUGUGGUGGAAACCUCCGGAUGGCGAAAUAUGAUCGAUAGUCACUUACAUUUGGUAGCGGAGGCAUUUCAUGCGCUGGCCACGACACAAAUUCCAACAAUUGGACCACCAAGCAAACGCAUUAGAAUGCGUUAAGAAAAUACAAUGCAAAAACUGCACGAACCAUAGUAAUAAUAAGAACUUCAACAACAGCAGCAGCAAAUCGUACACCAAAGAAAAUCAACAACCAACAACAAAAUCAAUCAAUGCCAACAAUCGACUCAACAAUUGCAAUAUGAAUGAGAUCUUAUAUUGUUUCGUUUGGUUUCGAUUUCCAUCCUUCCAAAAUUGAAUUGAUAUGUGAUAUAUUUGUUGAUUGAAUAUUACCUGUGAUUUAUAAUUCUUCGAGUCAUAACUAUUAAAAAUUAA